AUGUUCCUUACCCGUCAGUCUCAAGUAAUCUCCUGUCUCCUCAUGAUGGCCAUGGCCUCGGCAUUUGUGACCGCACCAUUGAAAACCAAGCAAGCGCUGGCGCGAUCGUUGGAGUCAUCGACAUUGCUCAAGGAUUCCGAACGGGACGAAGCAGCCCCUCUUCCCCUGAGUACCGCCGACCUGCAACGGCUAAUGUCCAUGAAAUCUCGUCACAUGACCAUUCCACUGUUGAUCAUGGAUGCGGUGGUACCAGGUCAAACUAUUUCUUUCGAAAGCGCUGAUCCCAAGUUUCUUCAUCUAGUCAACCAUGUUUUGGAAGAAGAUUCAGAAAUUGGAAUGAUUGGUCUGAACCCUCAUACAGGACAACCUCUCAAUGUAGGAGUCACUUUGCCAGUCUCACCAGAGAAUGUCAUGUUCAAUCCCAACACUGGAGCCGUCACUGUUCACGUGCAAGCCAAACGCCGAUUUGAAGUCCAAGGGGAACCUUGGUUGCAUCACAAUGAUGAUGAUGAAGAAGAAGAGGAUGAAUUGCCUUCUUCCUCCUUGGAAGCGGCAUUCUACAUGGCCGAUGUCGAACUUAUCGAGGACCGUCAAGAGGAAGCUUUGGCCGACGAUGUCGCCGUUGCGACGCAAAAUUUGGCCGAUCAAAUUCCCGACUUGGUGGGCGAAUGGGUCCACCAUUUGGUGGCUACCAACCGUGCCGAAGCCUUGCGCAUGGAAAGUCGCAUGAUGGAACUGGGACCACUCCCAUCGUCGUGGAGAGAUCAGGCACUUUGGGUGGCUGCCUUGUUGAAUCCAGCGCAGGGUGCCAAGACGGAAGAAAAGGUGUGUUUGGAAAUUCGUCCCGCCAUGUUGUCGUGCCAUACGAAUUACGAACGAAUGGUGUUGGCCACGGCGGCCUUGCAAUCGAGUAUUGACCAUGUGUCGGGAAAGAAACGACUCUUUUAA